AUGUGGAAGAGCCUCAUCUCCAGCGGCCGACAGGCCAUGCGACCAAACUGUCACUCCCACGCCUCUAUGACCCUACCCGGGCCAGUUUCCGUUUCCCGAAAUUUUAUUGCUACACCUCGCCUCUACAAGCAAUCGGGCGACACGAGAGAUUUCGACCGCGAAGCCCUCAAUCCAUAUUCAUCAGAGGCAACCAAAACCGGGACCGAUGACCAAAUUGCCCAGCAUGACUCUGCGUUUGAUCCACGCAAUACCUCUCCCGAGAGCGAGCUUGAGGCGACUGAGCAAGAGGUCAAAACGAAGGGCAAGCAGGGAACGUUGAACGUGAGCGGCGCCAACAAGGAGGCCAACACCUGGCGAGGGCCGCAGGAAGAUGGGCCUGAUAGAAAUGCGGAUAAGGAAGAUACGAGCAAAAGAGGACAUCCGAAUAAGCGCCGGAAGAUUGAAGUCAAAGAGGAUGGCACUCAUGUUUCCUAUCGAUGA